AUGACAAACUCAGCCAUACUGCCAGCCCUGGGGAUGGAGCCUGAACCUUCAGUGCCCACACAGGGCAGCAGCAGUGGAUUUUCACUGCCUGGUCCUCCUGCAGCAGAGACAAAACAGCCCAUACCACAGAAUCAAACAGGUGACUCUGAAUUCUUCCUCCUGGGACUGUCAGAUGAUCCAGAGCUGCAGCCUCUUCUGUUUGGGCUGUUCUUGGCCAUGUACUUGGUGACCGUGCUGGGGAACCUGCUCAUCAUCCUGGCUGUCAGUUCUGACUCCCACCUCCAUACACCUAUGUACUUCUUCCUUUCCAAUUUGUCCCUGGCUGACAUCAGUUUCAGCAGCACUACAGUCCCCAAGAUGCUGGUGAACCUCCAGACAUACAGCAAAUCCAUCACCUAUGCAGGCUGCCUAACUCAGGUCACGUUUUUACUUGGAAGUUUGGAAAGUCUACUUCUGGCUGUGAUGGCCUAUGACCGGUUGGUGGCCAUUUGUCAGCCUCUACACUACCUGGUCAUCAUGAAGCCCUGCCUCUGUGGCUUGUCUGUCUUGCUGUAACUUUUAGUCAGCCUUUUGGUCUCCCAGCUGCACUACUUGAUGGUGUCACGACUUACCUUCUGUGCCUAUGUGGAAAUUCCUCAUUUCUUUUGUGAUGCUUCUCAACUCCUCAAUCUUGCCUGUUCUGACACCUCCACUAAUAACAUAUGUAUCUGUUUUUUUGGUGCUCUCAUGGGUGGUGUUCCACUCUUUGGGAUCCUGUUUUCUUACACUCGAAUUGUUUCCUCCAUUCUGAGAGUCCCAUCAUCAGGGGGGAAGUAUAAGGCCUUCUCCACCUGUGGCUCUCACCUGUCAGCUGUUUGCUUAUUUUAUGGAACAGGCCUUGGUGUGUACCUCAGUUCCACUGUGUCAUCCUCCCUGAGGAAAUGUGCAGUGGCCCCAGUGAUGUACACCAUUUUCACACCCAUGCUGAACCCCUUCAUCUACAGUCUGAGGAACAGGGACAUCAAGAGUGCUCUAUGGAGGGUGAUCAGAAGGAUAACCUAGUUUUAUACUUAUAGAUCUUUUUUGGCUCAUAGACCAGAAUUAGUAGCAAAGUCAAACAUAUGUAAGAAGAAAUUCUGAAUCCACAGUCUCAUUGUGUAUUUGUACCCAUAUGGAUCUGCUCUCUGUCUACACAGGUUUUCCUCUUAGCACAACUGUAAUGGAUUCAGAGGUCAUUUGGACUCUGUACUUCAGUGAGAGUCUCUCCAGGAUUAUCCCAGCCCAUAAGCAUACCUGUCUUUCUUUCCUGUGCAUUACCCAGGACUUCUGGUCCUGAUUGUUGUUAUUGUAUCAUUAUAAAAAUUUAUAGCU